AUGGUGCGUGCCGGAAGGAAAGCGAACCCAAAACUGCAGAGACUGUUGCAUUUGAAAUCCUUCACACUCACCUAUCUGUGCCUGGCCUCAAUGCUAACGCUUUUGAAAUUAGACUCGGGCUUUCAUUAUGCUCUCUUGAUUAACAUAGCCUACAGCAUCUUGAAUGCCACCACAUACUUUUACUUUACAUCCUUCUGGCAAAUCGCCAGGGGCUAUGAUUUCGUUAACCACGAAAUGGAGGAGCUCCUCAAAGCCCUGAGAUCUGGAAGAAAUACUACAAAAUACUCGGCUCUGAGGGAUCUGUGGUCUCUGCACGCGAAUCUCAGUGUCAUGGCCAGGAGAAUAAAUAGAGUAUACGGUAUCCAGAUGAUGGUCUCCCGCACGGAUUAUGUUGUAUUCACUAUCAUAUAUGAUUUCUUCCUCAACGAUCUCGUAUGUGACCUCAUCUCACGGUAUCAGUGCUUGCCGAAGCACGACAUUACGGAGGGAAAAGUUACCCAACAGCUAAGUGCCUAUCUGAUCUAUGAGGGCAGCAUGAGACUUGACUUGAAGGUGUCCGGACUCUUUUCGGCUAACAAAAGCCAGUGGCUUAGAAUGAUGGGCUGCAUCGUUUGCCACUGCACAUUGCUUCUUCAGUUCUAUGUGAUGCUGAGGAACUAG